AUGGGCAGGCCCGUCAUGGGCAGGCCCGUCAUGGGCAGGCCCGUCAUGGGCAGGCCCGUCAUGGGCAGGCCCGUCAUGGGCAGGCCCGUCAUGGGUAGGCCCGUCCGGCACAGUCAACAACCAGGAGCCAGGUCCGUACCAAACGCCAACGGCCAGUGUUCGCAAAUGUGCGGCACACCUAAUGCGAUGGGUCAUAUCAAGCCCUUAGAAUUUGACUCUUCCACGAGCUCUGCGUUCGAUGCCUCAAAAGUCUACAGGACUACGGAGUGCUCAUAU